CUUGGAGUCCUGUGUUCACCCCCAGCCCCACGUGCGCGCCCCUGUGUUUAUGCAUGUCCAGUGGAGGCAGGUUUGACUUCGACGAUGGGGGGUGGUACUGUGGGGGGUGGGACCAGGGGAAGGCCCAUGGCAGGGGUGUGUGCACAGGGCCGCAGACCCAGGGGGAGUACGCGGGAGCCUGGAGCCACGGGUUUGAGCUUUUGGGUGUCUACAGUUGGCCCAACGGAGGAUCCUACAAAGGCACGUGGGCCCAGGGGAAGAGGCACGGUGUGGGGGUGGAGACCAAGGCAUGCUGGGAGUACCGAGGAGAGUGGACCCAGGGCCUAAAGGGACGCUACGGGCAGCUGGAGAGCACCACGAGUGGAGCGAGGUACGAGGGGACGUGGAGCAACGGGCUGCAGGACGGAUACGGCACCGAGACCUACUCCGACGGAGGCACGUACCAGGGUCAGUGGCUGGGCGGAAUGCGGCACGGAUAUGGCGUGCGUCAGAGCGUUCCAUAUGGGAUGGCGGCUCUGAUCCUGUUCCCCCUCAGGACCUCCAUAAACUCCCUGAGGUCGGACCACAGCGGCCCUGGGCCCCUGCAGCCGGAGGAGGGGCCCGUCCCACCCGGAGACGCCUCCAAUGCGGCAGUGUCAGGCCUGAGUCCAGUGGGUCGUGGUGGCUUCGCACUGACCGCUCCCAGUGAAGCGGAGCGGCGUAAACGUAAAGGACGUCUGCGACAGUCAAUCCUGAGCGGACUGAAGCUACGCCGCUCAGAGUCAAAGUCGUCUCUGGCCUCUCAGCUCAGCAAACAGAGCUCUUAUUGCAGUGAGACCGGAAUGAGCACCGUCAGCUCUGACCUGCAGUCCAACCACAGCCAGCAGGGAGCUCCGAUCGACGCCACAGUCACAGAGAUGUACGCGGGCGAGUGGAGGACGGACCAGAGAACCGGUCUGGGCAUUGGCCGGCGCUCCGACGGGCUCACCUACUCUGGCGAGUGGCUCGGCAACAAGCGCCAUGGUUACGGCUGCACCACGUUCCCUGAUGGCACCAAAGAGGAGGGCAAGUACAAGCAGAACGUCCUGGUCAGUGGAAAACGCAAAAACCUGAUCCCCCUGAGGGCUAGCAAGAUCCGCGAGAAGGUGGACCGAUCGGUGGAGGCUGCGGAGAAGGCAUCAGACAUCGCCAAGCAGAAGGCCGAGAUCGCACUGUCCAGGAUGAGCCACGCUCGUGGUAAAGCUGAGGCUGCAGAGUCAGUGGCGCAAAAGGCUCUGGAGGAAAGUCGUUUGGCCCGAAUCACGGCCAAAGAGCUGUCUCCCUCUUUCCACAUCUAUGAGAACGGUCUUGAGAGUGAGCGACCAAAGCACCCGGAUGGAAAGGACAAACCCGAUCCAUCGUCCAGCAGUGAGAGCCCCCUGUGCACCCCCGACACCACGCCCUCCGCUCUCACGCCUGACUUCAGCCCCAUCGCACCUGCCUCACCCCCCAAACAGCGUUCACGAAAGACCUGCUUCCACCGCCAGAGUGCCCUGGAUGACCACGCAGAGAUACAGGUGCUGGUGGAGGGGAGGGGCCUGGAGCUGCAGAGGGGCGGGGCUAACCACACCUGGGCAGAAGAUAGGUACAGCAGCCGGUCGACCACGCCCUCUCUGCUGGAGGAAACAGAGGGGCAGAUCAAUGGCCAUGAGCCUGUCGUGGUCGUAGCCAAUCACAAACCGCGAGACAAAACCCCACUGACCAAUCACAAGCCUCGAGAUACGAACUCCCAUUAUAAAACCUGGGAGCACUCGCUAUCCAAUCAGAAGCCCUCAAAGCACGGCUCCUCCAAUCACAAGACGCGGGAAUAUUCCUCAUCCAAUCACAAAACAUGGGAUCACUCGUCAGCCAAUCACAGCUAUAAGCCUCAGCUGCACGUUCUAACCAAUCACAAAGGCCCAGACCAUGCAGCGUCCAAUCACAAAGCAGCAGAGCAUGUUUCGUCCAGUCAUCACAAGCCCCAGGACUAUGCCUUGACUAAUCACAGCGUAAAGGAGCAUGUGAUAGGUUAUGGGAACCACAAACAGCACAACCAUAGGCCGAGCACAGGCCACACCCACCACUGGAGCCCCACCCACUCACGACUGACGGAUGAAUGCUCCGGUGACUACAAGGACCACUACACGGUGGACAUGCGUCUCUCCGACUCGCUCUCGCCCUGCCCCUCGCGCCCCAGACCGCGGCUGCGCCCGGUCCGUGAGGGCUCUGUGGACUCUGUGCAGAGACUGGACCGCCUGGCUCUGGGGACAGAGCCUGAGGACAGAGGGGCGGGGUCAUACACAGCUGAGGGUGAGGAGCCAGAGCCGUGGCCAAUGAACAGAGACCUUACUCUGUCGACGCCGCUGCGGUCGCCACCCAUCAUCGACCUGGAGGUGGAGCCAGAGAGCAGCCUCAAGACGCACUCAGGCUCCAGCUCGUUCCUGGUCGUCAUGGUGAUUUUACUCAAUAUCGGAGUAGCCAUUCUUUUCAUUCACUUCUUUAUUUAGGCCUCUGCAGGUAACGCCUACAGACUUUUGUGGUAAAAAUAUGGUAAACUCCUCCUCCUCUUCCUCCUGGUGCAAAGGGACAGAGGAUCUGCCCAGAUCUAAACCAGGACCAGGACCCUGACUCUUGAAGCGGCCUGCAGGGGGGAGCAGAGAGCAUGAAGUACCUAAAAACUGAGAUGGUUAGACCUUUGUUUGUACACUUUUACAGAAGUCACACGUUGCACCAGCUCUGCACAGAGGAGAGCAGCCCAGAACUGGGACUGAACUCACCACACAGAACGUCCAUCUUAAACCAAGGCAGCCGCUAAGGCUUUCAAACUCCUGAUCAACCUACUUACAGUUGCUCUACCUGAUUUUUACUCUCUUAAAAAUGUGAAAAACAGAACAAAUUCAUUUUAAAUGGUUUGCAGUGGUCCAAAGUUAAUCCUCGCUGACCUUAUGCAUUCAGAGCAUCCUAGUUAUUCAACGGGAUGAGUUUAUAAGCACUUUUCACAACAUUUAGAGGCCAGAGAGAGGUUUGCCAUCACGGUAACGUGCAUUUCCUGAUUAUCAGAGAAUGAGACAGUUCAUUGUUGUCAAUACAAUCGGACCUCCAUGGAAACAAGCAAGUGGUGGACCUUCUGCCAGAAAAAAUACACACUGUAUCUUUAAAUACAGAUGAGAAAAUACAACAUAAAAUGCCCACUGCACUAUAACUACACAGUAGUCUGAAGCCUUACACUGCGUUUGUUUAGGAUGGACUGGAAGAUUGUAGUUUUGCAGAGAGCUGGUGCUGUUCGAUGUAAACAUGCCAACUUGAGCAUGGCACAGUGUAUUUCUGCCUUUUGCGUUUGGGGCCCGAUCUUGUCUUUCCGAUUAUAUUGAUUAUUAUUAUUAACUAUGCGCUAUAUUCAGAACUAUGCUGCAAGAGUAGAUCCAUUUAAAGGGCUCUUUCCUCUUCUCUCUCGUUUUGUCGUUCGGUUUCGCGGCAGCCAUUUUGCAUGAGGCUGUUUCAAACCUGAAUCCCUUUAACAUUUUCACACUUUAAGACGCGUUUAUCGGUUUAAACUUCACGGCAAAACUUACUCCAGCAUUUGACUAAAUCAGCUAGUUAUCGGUACAAUUUCAUAAUAAUGACUACAGCUUAAAGUGCAUAUAACAGGUUAGAUUACACAUUUCACUAAAAUAUAGUUAACAUCAUUAUAUUUAAGGUUUUAUUUACAAUCUUGGCUAGUCUUUUCUAGUUUUGUAAUUUUGGUCAAGUUUAUACUUUCACUUGAGGUGAUGAGGUAAUUCCAUAACUGUUUUUUUUAGCAAUCACAAAGUUAACAAGGGCGAAAGCUAAACAAAAUGACGCAACAGUUACAUAGGUAGAGGGAUUCUGUUUUACAACUCACCACAACUUCCUGUAUUUUUGUACUUUUUCCCAUAUCAGUUAACUGCCACCUAACUGAUGUAAAACUAAGAUAAAUAUUUAGCACAGGCACUAUCCCAGAGUCAGAAUUAGAAAAACAUUAAAACCUGCUAUAUGCACUUUAAAUUAAUCUGCUUAGGAUCAGUUCCUAUCUAUUUAAAAUAUGAAAAGCUAAUAUUACAAAAUAUCAAGUUAAUGAUAAAACCUACCAAACUUAACAAACCAACCCUAACCCCUAACCCCUAACCCUUAUUCUCCUAAACCCUAACCCCCUAAACCCUAAAAACCCUAACCCCUAUUACCCUACCCACCUAAACCUUUACAUUCUAAACCCUAAGCAUAACCCCCUAAACCCCUAAACCCCUAAACCCCUAAACCCCUAAACCCCUAAAUCCCUAAAUCCCUAAAUCCCUAAAUCCCUAAACCCUAACCCAUGUAAAGUCAAAUUCUGGAGUAACAAUAGCUUCACCACUUCACUAUAAGUCACUGUCUUUGUUUGACAUUAAAAAGGCUGUAAUAACAACAAUGGACCAACAGAGUGAACAUGAUUUUGAAUUAAACUCAAUGUAAUGUUUUUUCUCAUGGAGGGUCAGCCAUGUUGUUACUGUUUUGCCUGAAAUGUUCCACAGUAUGGCAUUAAACAUAUCACACUGAUUCAAUUACAGAUGUUUUAAUGUUCAAAUACCUUGAAAAAACAUGCCUUCUUACAGAAAGCGGGUAGCAGGUGUCUUGCCAAAGGACACAACGGAAGAAUGUAGAAGUCAGAGCUAACCACCAACAUUCAGACUAAAAAAAAUUAACCCUCCCACCAAAGCCACUGUAACGACUAAUUGACUAAUACUUCUGAAAAAUAGCUUUACUCUUAAUAAAUAAUUAAUGAAUAAUAAAUAAAUACUUAAUAAAUAGGAUAAGCUUUUCUGCUUCUUAACGGUACUCUGUGUAACAUUUUUGGUGGAGGAUCCGCACUCCUCUGUCUGCUUGUCUCAAUGGAGAUGUUGUUGCUUUGCUUGAAAUAUUUCACAGCAGGCAUUAAACUUAUCUUGCAUUUGUUCAUUUACUGGUGUUUUUAUUGGUCAAAAAGUCCUUGAAAAGCAAGCAUUCUUACAGUGAGCAGGGUUGCUUCUCAACAGAUCUGACAUUUAACUUGGCCUAGUGGCACCACAACUAGCAUGCUAACUUCCUCGGACAAUAAAUUGUUUUAUAAUUAGAUGGAACAAGCACACAGCAGACUCAUUUAGACCUACUUAUACAACAUCCUUUUACUGGGGCAAGAAAAUGUACAAAAUCAGGUACAUGCCCUUUAAUGUGAUAGUGUGGAACAUUCCAGUCAAACCAAUAACCAAAUUUAUCUUCAUGGAAAUGACAAGCAAGUAGCCAGAAAAGUUACAUAGUGCACUUUUAAAAUUAAAUGUUUGGCUCUGUGUCAGUCCUGUCCAUUGGUCCAUUAUUGUAACAGUCUGUGGUUUUUACAAAGAUUUACCGUUUUUAUUUCUAUUUCUUUUCCUCCUCUCCUCGGCCCGGUGUAUAGCCUGAGACUGUUAAACUCUAUACUCCAACGUGUUUCUGUUUGAACGAAUGCUGCUGAGUGCCUCGUAUCAUUUUUAUCUCGGUUUUAAAAAAAUACCCUUUUAAAACUAUAUAAGGCCCACUGAGGGGUCAACAAAGACCUGCUCCAAAACUGUACAGGACAUUUUAACAGUGUGACCACCAGUAAUCUCAAUUAAACAUGUUAUUAAGCUGUUUCCUCAUCAAAAUCAUAGAGUUAGGGGCGGACGAUAUGCCAAAAAAACAAUAACACGAGCAUGAUUAAAAUUGCAUCACAAUUCAUAAGAACUACUAUUUCCUUGAAGAGGGACAGGAACCUGCUUCUUUUAAAAAUGCACUUUAUUGCCAUUGGUCAUAUCCAGCUGUCACUCAGAGCAUUGACAAGAUUGACCAAUAGGAGGUUUAAAUGAGGAAAAGUGUAUUUGUUUAAACACAGAGUUGCAUUCAAGACAAAAUUUGGUGGAUCGCAACAUAACGGUUUUAUCAAAAUAGCAGAUCGUCACAGGAAUAGGAUCACAGUUCGAUUUUUAUCACCAGGCUGCAGUAGUAUUUUGUUUGUGGGGAUGUGUUAAACUUUUAAAUAAAAAAUAAAACAGGUUUGCGAUGUAAUCAAAAAGUAUAAGUAUGUAUAUUGGUUAUCUCGAUAUUGGAGGAUUUCCCCAGAUAUCGUAUCGGUCUGAUAUGUCUGAUAUUGAAAAUUUAGCCGAUAUUUGGCGCCAAUGUUUUUUCUGCACUGCCCUGGUCUGUGUGCCUGUGUGUCAUUCCCAGUUUGUCCUCAGUGAUUCAGAUUUGUCUUUUUGAGUAAAAUUAUUUAUGAAAAUAUAAGUUUAUAUCCCAGAAAAAUAAAUUUCAGUAUUUUUACAAAAGCAAAAAGUAAAUUUGUAAACUUUACUAGAACUUAAUAUAAACUUGGUCUCUACUAUAGAUUUUACAAGCAUGCUAGCAGCGCACUUCCUGAUGAUUAGACAAUAUAAACCGCUUUAUAAUUAGAUGCAGUACACAGGAGACUUAAUUUAACCUCAAGAGCUGCUUAUACAAUAUAUAUGCACUGGGGCAAGACACAUUGUGCUCAAAUAUAUGGAAAAUAAUCGGGUACAGGGCCUUUAAGCAUAUUAUGUUCUAAUUAAAACAGACUAUUUAAAUGACUUUGUUGUCACACUGUUACUCUGCCUGUAGUUUUGCGAGCUGCGUUGUCCUGGAGGAGAGUCCUGGGACUGUCUGCGGUGAAAUGGCAUGCACUGUUUGUCUCUAACAGGUUCCACUAAAAUACGUCACGUCGCUGGGGUUUCUGCGCAUGUUCGUUUGGAGUCCCCACUUUAACGAAUCCAUGUACGGCCACAAGUGCACUCUCUCUGCACCAGACCACGGCAUCAGAGCAACUGUUUACGGAGUGACUAUGAAAAGGGAAGGGAAAAAUGACAAACAAUAUGAAUAAUUAGAUAUAGAACUCAACUUGGACCAAACAAGGACAAACACAAGACAUAACGGGACUAGAGAGGUUAAAGAUGUGUAACUUUUCUGUUGGAGGGUAUGCUAUGCCUGUUUGUCUCCAUGGAGAUGUUAUUGCUUUGCCAAGAAUGUUAAACUCAUCUAACUUGCAUUUAUUUUCAUUACAAAUGGUUUGAUUGGUCAAAAAUCCUUUGAAUAACAGCAUUCUUACAGUGAUUUGCCUCUCCAUAGAUCUGACAUGUACCUUGGCCUGGUAUUGCCACCUGCCAUAUUGUGGAACAUUCAAGGCAAAGCGAUAGCAUCUAGAGAUAAAUACAUGGUGUAGCCUUCACCAGAAAGGUAAUGCAGUGUUUAUUAAAAUGUAAACACUGAUUUUUAGGACAAAGGAGAUGAGCACAAGAAGAAUGACUAAUUAGGACUUUAGAUCUAGGACAUAAGUAAAUCUAUAAACCAGAACUAUGACCUAAAUGUGAUGACCUCUCCUGAUGCCCUGCUCUGGUCAAAUUGCCCCAGUGCACUCUGGGAGACCGAGUUCUUGUGGCUGUGGUUCUGUGGCUCGAGGCUGAUUGAUAGGAGUCUGUUUUGUACGGCACUGACGCUCCAUGUUGUGACCAUUGCAUGCACAGCAUGCUCUUUCUACUCUUUGGUUUAUGAGGUUGUUUCCAACUUAAUGUGGAGAAAAUAUCUACUGUUUCAAAC